AUGUGCGUCUGGACAGCACUGAGACAAGUCCAGCGCGAGCGACCAGCGUAUGGGGACGGCAAAACGGGACCAGUCGAAUCUGAUCCAGUGAGAAGUUGGUGGAGAGAAGUCAUUAGCAGAACCGCGCUGGGCGCAGGAGCCGAUCCACAGAGAACAGAAGAUCAUUUGGACGAGGCGGUAACCGAACUAUUGCAUAUAUUCUCGUCGAAAGAAGGAUACAAACUCUCCGAUGGAGCUCUACAAACUAUAAAAACACUUAAUAACGAACUAGGCAUACGUACGGGUUUAGUAUCCAAUUGUGAUUCCCGCAUUGUCGAUGCCCUGCGAGAUUUAAAAGUGGCAAAUCAUCUUGACCCAAUGGUAUUUUCGGAAUUUGAGAAGUGCGAGAAACCCGAUGUGCGGAUGUGGCAAGUCGCCUGUCAACGAGCCGGAAUGGAAGUGAAAGAGGCGGUUCAUGUAGGCGAUGAAUUUGAUGCGGAUAUAGUGGGCGCUACGCGAGCAGGAGUAAGAGCCAUUUGGUAUCGUCCGUCUGGACAAGACACACAUGUUGAAGAAGAUGCGACGAUAAUUGUACCUGAAGGAGUCAUAGUAGCGAAGAAGCUGACCGAUGUAGUCGAUAUUGUGAGAGGGUGGAACUAG